UGGCUCUCUUACCUGACACCACAAAGACACCACAAGAUGGAAGUCAAUGACAAGUUCUUUGCGCAGGACGAUAUCUUCUGGGAAAACUACCUGAAGGGCCGACCACGAGUACCUGACUCCUUUUUCGACCGCAUUUUCGACUACCACAAGGCCAAGGGCGGACAUUUUGGGACUGUCCACGAUGUUGGCGCCGGCAACGGUCCCUAUGCCCUGCGACUGCGCUCCCGUUUCGACCAUGUUAUCGUAUCCGAUAUCGUGGCGAACAAUAUUGAAUUAGCCCGCCGUCGCCUACAAGGGGAGGAGGGCUUCAGCUUCCGCACGUCCCGGCUGCAAGACGCCGACGAUAUCGCGGCCGGCAGCGUCGAUAUGGUCUUCGCUACCAACGUGAUGCAUUUCGCAGACCCCCAAGACAUCGCCAUGGCCGCUAUCGCGCAUCAAUUGCGACCGGGGGCACUUUUCCGUCAGGGUGGACGGCAGCUCCUUAACAAAGCCAAUGACCCUACUGAGACUGCGCGGGUUAUGCUACGAACGCAGGGAACACGGGGCAUUCAGAGCAUGCUGCCUCUAGACGAUGUCCAUCAAACCACACCUGAACCGAAUUACACGGGACCGGAUGAUGCAGAGAUCUACGAGGACGACGAGGGGUGGAGCUUUGAGACGGACCUGGCGGGGGUGAAGGAGCAUUUUGAGUCUUUCCCGUUCGUGUCGCAGUUUCCCGGUGCCUUCACGGAAAUGUACCGAGAAUUAGACGAUCUUCUCGCGGAUGGGAAACCUGUACAGGGCUAUUUCCCGGUCAAAGUCAUCUUAGCGACGCGCUCUUAG